AUGUUCUGUUAUCGCAAAAUUUAUCGGUCCCCUCUUUUCGCCGGCAAAAAAUGGAACUGUGGGAACGCAGUGCAAACAAGACAAACUCAUGAUUUCAUCUCCAUCAACAAUUAUCUUGCUCACUCUUUCUUACCUAUCGUCGCCUCUCUCUCUCUUUUUCUGCUUAAGCUCCAGGAUGUAAUGAGAAACAUGUCUGCCAAUCUGGGACGUCGGCUGUAUACCCAUAUAUGGGAAACAGCAAAUCCACUUUUUGGCCGCAUACGAGUCAACCGCAAUGCUUCAAGCUUGUUACUCGAUGGACUCCUACCUAAUUCACGACGCAUCUCUACUCUACCUCUCCCAAAAAAGCCGACAUAUUUAACCAGAAGAUUUGCCUCGGGAGGAUUCUUCAUCCUAGGUGUCUCGCCAACUUCAACCACGGCGGAAUCUACUGCAGCAUGCAUCAUCCCAUCCCGAAAGAUCGCCACUCAAUACAGCUGGAAACGAUUCGUACACACCUCCCAUGAUGACCGACGCGCCAAGGAAACGUCGCACCCGGCGCAAGCACACAAUGACAAUGACCAUACUUCAAAAGUCAGGGAAUCCGCCAGAGAUACCUCCCAUCAGACCGUUUCGAGCAAGCCCCAAGAUACCCAUUAUUUCACAGCGCCGAAUCGCCACCUGAGAGAUCGUUUACCCCAUAUGCCUCACCUCCAUCGUCCGACCAAGGAAGAGCUCCUGGCCGCAGCUACAGGAUUCUGGUCCCGCUUGAAAGUGCGAUUCAAGUGGUUCUCUAUCCGCAGUGUUCGUCCAUACAACCUGGAUGAGAUUGCUGCUUUGUUCUCUUGGGUGCUGCUGGGCCACAUUGUCUGGGUUGUCGUUGGAACUACGACAUUCUUCUCACUUUUGAUCCUGGCUAUCAACACAGUCUUUGCUCAAGAAACCUUAGCGGGGUGGGUUGGUAACUACCUCACUAAAUCCUCCGGAGUCAAGGUUGUUUUUGAAUCGGCAAUCGUGCCUAAAUGGAGAAAUGGCGUCAUCACCUUCAAAAAUGUCUUCGUGUCCAAACGGCCUGGCCAAGGCGCAGGCCAUGUCAGCAAAGGCUCGCCCAAGACUGCUGCAGAAGCUGCCGCGGCUCGAGGGGAACCUGGAUUUGACGAAAAUCUAGUCGCUUCGGACGAGGAGGAAGAUACUAAUUACACUCAAUUCGAUCUGUCUAUCGAGACAGUCAACGUCACGCUUUCCUUCACCAAAUGGCUGAAUGGAAAGGGACCCCUCCACGACGUUGAAGUGAAGGGAAUUCGAGGUGUUGUCGACCGCCGACACGUCUUUUGGCCAGAAGAGGAUUUGGAUCCCAAGUCUUAUCGACAUGAGCACAAUCCAGGCGACUUUGAGAUUGACUCUUUCAAGAUGCAUGACCUGCUGGUCACCAUUUAUCAACCCGACAAUUUCCGCCCCUUCUCCGUCAGCAUCUUCUCGUGCGAUCUGCCCCAAUUACGCAAACAAUGGCUCUUUUAUGACUUCCUUUCCGCUAAUAUGAUGUCUGGGUCCUACGACAAUUCUCUCUUCACCAUUCACGCUCGUCAAACCCAUGGCUUUGGAAAUUCCCGCAUCGACAGCGGGAUCGAAGAGGACGGCAAAUCCAACCCGUGGAAGAAACAUAAUCGGAUCCGUGUGGAUGGGCUCAAUGUGGAUCAUCUCAAUCGUGGUGUCCAGGGACCUUUCUCCUGGAUUCACGAGGGAACCGUGGACAUCGUGGCUGACAUUAUGUUGCCCUCCGAGAACGAUGAGAGUCUAGCCAAAGUGAUGGCUGAUUUCUACGAUCGGUUAGAAGCCACUGUCACCUCUAACCGAUAUCCGGAGCCUCUUUCCCCUAACGCCAACCCUGAUUCUGAGACUGAGGACCGACGUUUCCUUGUUAUGGACCUACGGGUACACCUCAACAAUGUCCGGGCCGUUGUGCCCAUUUUUACUCGAGACCUCUCCUACAUUAAUAACGCUCUGAUCCGGCCAAUUGUCGCCUAUAUCAACUCCAAACGCACAUUUAUCCCCAUCAAUUGCCGCCUGGUGAAGCGGGUUGGUGAUUUCAAUGGCAGCUGGACCGUCUUUGACAGUAGUUUGAUGGAUGAUCUGUCGGCGGCGACCUAUGAUGCCUUUGCCCGUGAUGUGGUUGAUGAUGAAGCUCGGAAACGGCGAUUCAAGAAGGUUGGCUUCUGGUCCCUUCAGUUGGCCGCCCAAGCUAUUUUCAUGGGCAUGGCCGGUAACAUGGCUUAA